AUGAGUGGCGAUGACCUGGCGCUCGAGACGCAAUUGCUGCUGCAAGGCGUGACGCAGCUCACCCACGCCACUGCAGUCGACAGCGAGGUCCAAGGUAGCGAAAAGCCGCUUGUGUCCGAGUACGAGGCCGCCACGGACGCACUUCUGGCCAAGCUGCGCAAGAAGAAAGCGGCCAAUCGAAUGCAGCAGCAGCAACUGAACCAGCAGCGCUUUGGGCUGCCGAAAGCUUCGACAAUGUUCCGAACUCCAUCCGGUUCUAAAAACAGCCCGACGAAGUCCAAGCUGCCUAUGUCUUUGAAGCUUCCUGUGACAGUUGCAGCAACUGUCGCGUCCAGGAAGAAGCAACAGAUGGUGCUACAGCUCAAGACACAAGCUCUUCAACAAGGUGCUCUGCAAAUGGCUAAAUUGUUCGGGUACAAGAAUCAUGAAGAGCAUGUCAAGCAUUUAAAUGAGUUGGACGAGAGGAAGAUUUGGCAGGACGAAGUCAAGGAACGAGAAGAGGAAGGAAUCGAGGAGGAGGUUGACGAUGAGAUCGGGUCAGUUGAUGUGGAGAAUAUAGAAGAAGGAAACGGAGAGACUCUACAGGUGGAGGAAGGAAAGAAGGUGGAGGAAACGAAGCUGGGAAGCGCUGCUCGACGGGACGUAGACGAGGGUGUGUUGGAUAAGGGGGUAUUUCGUGAGACAGAAGCAUCGGAAAUUGGAUCUGAAGACAACCAAAUGUCGAAGGGGGAGAACGAAGCGAUGAGUAGGGCCGUGGUAAAGCAACGGAAAAGAGUUUCGUGUAUUGUAAAAAGUGGAGAGGAAGACGGCAACGAGGCGGAUAGCGAGCAUGACAACUAUAAGGAUGAAGUAGACGAUGCUGAUGACGACUUUGAAGACUCGAUGUCCGCAGCGGGAGGUAUGAGCGACUCACUUGGGGGAGAGCAAGGUACAACGGAGAAGGAUGACGGAGCGUUAGUAGUUGAUAGGAAAAAGGCGCUGGCGGACAAGGCUGCUGGGUAUCGAAGCUUGCUGCGUGCAGAGGCACUUCAGAAUCGCAAGCGGAAGCGGUUGAUGAAAAGUCGCGGCAAUGGCUUCGUCGAGUCGGAAGCUGAGGAAGAUGACGAAGAAGACGUUCUUAACAUAGGCGGUCUAGGUGAUUUUGGUUUUGGCGUGCCACAAAGCAAGACCCAAGAAUCUAAAGAGGCCGAAGAGGAGCGCCGUGCACUUGUGCUACGUGAAGACGAUCUUGACUACAUUGUCGAUAACCUCUCGGAUGACGAGAGAGCGCAGGAGCAAGACUUGGAUGAAAUGUUCCGCCGCGAACGUGAAGAAAUGGAUCGCCAACAAGUCAAAGAAGUGAUGCGGAACGUCAAGGAAGGUUUUGGUCGCAAUCGUCGUGCUUUUUCAGGUCUCCCCUCCGGCUCGGGGGCUCGCGGUCGUUUUAAUCUGGAUGAGCUUGUAGCCGCUGAUGGGAGCAGAUUUGAAGCAGCUCGUCUGGGUUUGCUGGAGUCUGACGAGGAGUUGAGUGAGGAUGACGAUGGAAAAAAGAAAAAGAAGGCUAAAGUCAACGGCAUCAGCGAAGAAGAGGAAGAAGAAGAAGAAGAGAUUGAUGAAGAGGCUGAUAUGGAGCGUAUGCUGCGUGAACGUUUCCUGAACCAGCCUAAGAUCUACAUGACUUCUUCCGAAUCUGGUAGUGAUGAGGAAGAGGAAGAUGCUAAAAAUAGCGGAUCUGACGGCGAUGACAUUGAAUCUGACGAGGAGCGUGAACGACAGCAAAUGAAACUCUUCUCGGAGCGUGCUCGGAUCAACCGUCGUAUGCAGCGCAUGAAGGACAUGCAACGCCAGAUUGCGUUGCAAGACAAUGGAGUAGACUCUGCUGUGAAAAGCGAUGCUGCGAUUCCUAAUAUUUUGUUAGAGGAAGAUGAAGACUCGCAAGAGCUGAUGCAUCUGCUGAACCGCACAAAUGUCGAUUCGAUACCAAGCAUCCAAAAGGCCACAGGCGGUGGUUCUCAGAACGCGUCCCGACUGAACGGAUCCCAUCGAAAGCUCGAUCGGUUUACUUCUUACGGCGGGAUCACAUCAGUGUCUCAAACGUCGUCAUCGUUCAGCCGCGUGAUCGACCAGUGCAAGAUAUUUAACGCCCACUCGGCCAACGGUGCAGAGCCUUCCAAAAGUUUCAUUUUCACUUCAUUUAGCUCGGACAAGAAAGCCAACGACGUCAACGGUGACCCAGAUCAUGACGGCACAAAAGCUUCUGCGUAUCUUGAGACCAGCAAGAACAAGAGCCGGGGCGAUGCCAAGCGAAUGGCGAAGCGUCAUCAUGCUCUGGAUUCUAGCAACUCGGCGGUACGUGAAACAAAGCGUAAGAGCAGUGGACUUUUCUCGGUCUUGUCGUCUUACCAAUGCGUUUCAAGCACGAAUCCGACCGGAGUAUAA